AUGGGUGAUACGAAUGGACAAGUAGUAGCUGGUGGCAAUGGCUCAGGAAAUCGAUUGGAUCAAUUGUAUCGUCCAAUCGAUGUGUUGAUCGACAAAGAGACGGAUAAUCUCAUUAUUUGUGAUUCAGGGAAUCAACGAGUUGUACGAUGGUCUCGUCGUAGUGGUACAACUCAAGGAGAAAUUCUCAUCGACAACAUCGUUUGUUGGGGAUUGGCCUUGGAUGAUCAGAGAUAUCUCUACAUCUCUGACCCCGACAAGCAUGAAGUAAGACGAUAUCAAAUAGGAGACAAGAAUGGAACUCUUGUGGCUGGUGGCAAUGGCGAAGGUGAUGGUCUUAAUCAGCUCAAAUGGCCGAACUACAUCUUUGUCGAUCAACAACAGACUGUCUACGUGUCAGACCAAAACAAUCAUCGUGUAAUGAAAUGGAAUAAAGGUGCAAAGGAAGGAAUUGUCGUCGCUGGAGGUCAAGGCGAAGGGGAUGCUCUGACACAAUUGUGGUAUCCUCGAGGACUGUUCGUCGAUACAUUGGGUACCAUCUAUGUAGCAGACUUAGGGAAUCAUCGAGUGAUGCGUUGGCCUAAACGAGCGAAACAGGGCACUGUCAUUCUGGGUGGAAAUGGUAAAGGAGAAGCAGCUAAUCAGUUCAACGGUGACACCGGUUUGUCCUUCGAUCGAUAUGGCAAUCUCUAUGUCGUCGAUUAUGCGAAUUCUCGUGUUCAACGCUUUUCAAUCGAAUAG